UUUCUCUGCUUCACAUCUCCACACUCUUAUCCCUCUGCAAUCGCGCCCUUGCCUAUUCACUUUCGUUUGUCCUUUACUUCCAUCUCUGUGCUACAAUCAUUCUUCUCGGAUAAAGAUCCGAUUUCGUAGCUGCUUCUUUUUCGUGAAAUUUACAAUAUAAGUGAGGUUUUUGUUGAUUAUUUGGAUGGACAAAUUUGGCUCGAGCUGUUAAGAAUUAUCUUCGAGAAAGCGAUUGUUUCAGCUGCUAUGGAUGUAAAGGAAUGUUUUGUUUCCGGCUCAGAUGAUUUUUCAGUGGAUUCAGAUGUCCAACUCAAUGAGCAGUUUUCUCCUAAGGUAAGGAAGCCGUACACAAUUACCAAGCAAAGAGAAAGAUGGACAGAAGAAGAGCAUACAAAGUUUCUUGAGGCAUUGAAGCUUUAUGGCCGAGCAUGGAGGAGAAUCGAAGAGCAUGUAGGUAGCAAAACUGCAGUGCAAAUUCGAAGCCAUGCUCAGAAGUUUUUCUCCAAGGUUGCUCGUGAGUCGAACGUGGGGGAUGGAGGUUCGGUGAAGCCGGUUGAGAUCCCGCCUCCGAGGCCCAAGAGGAAACCGAUGCAUCCUUAUCCUCGUAAGCUGGUUUCCCCAAUCAAGACGGGGAUCUUGAUACCUGAAAGAUCGGUAUCUCCAAAUCAGUCUCCUACGUCCGUGUUGUCUGUGGUGGGUUCGGAGCAAUCCGGUGGAGCUGAUUCGUGUAUGCCUGGUGGCAGCCUGUCUCCAAUGUCGUCCUCUGCUCUUGGUCGCGCUACUGCUCACGUUUUUAGCUCAGCCGCCCCUCCUAAGAUUCUGUUGGAGGAUGGUGUCUCGUCGUCUCAGUCUGACCGUGAAGAUGAAAAUUCUAGCACAGAUGCAGAAAUACCAGUGGAAUUGGACCUUUCGCCUAGAAUGGCUUUUGUGAACGAAGCAGCUACGCAGAGCUUGAAGCUGUUUGGUAAGACGUUACUAGUCAUGGGUUCGUCUUGUUUGAGUUGCAAGCAGGAACCAUUGGAUGAUGAUAAGAGAGUGGAACCUUGUUCGUAUCCUCUGAGAGUAGUGCCUCUAAAAGCCGGUGCUAGUAAUAGUACUUGUGAGGACGCUUGGCGAUUGUUGGUGCGAGUCCAGAGUAGUGUGAUGAAGAAUGAUCCUUUGUGCAUACGAGUUAGAGGUGACACUACUUUACCAUGGCUAAGUCUUGCAUCACAGUUGAGUGGGGAAGUGCAUAGCUCAACCCCAACCACAGCUCACUCAAACGAGGGGUCGUCCUCUGAUUCGAAUGCUGAUUUGGUUGGUGCAGCAGUGGGAAGAAGGGAGCAGACGCCGCGUAAGACCAUUUCAGCGAACUGCAGGAGGGGGUUCGUGCCAUACAAAAGAUGUUUCACGGAGCAGGGCUCGUCUGCAGAAACUAUUCAAGAGAGGGAGAAACAGAGGAUCCGCCUCUGCUCGUAGCUUAGCUAGGGAAGGCUAAGUGACCGUUUGACCUGCGUUGGACGACUCAAUUGCUGGAAGCAACCGUGGCUCUGACUGUAUCUACGUUCCGGUUGUCUCUGCUGUUGGCCGUCAAAGUUUUGUUCCUUAUCUGCAAGAAGCCUAAAGCCUAACUUCACACAAUAUGUAUGUAUUAAUGUAUGUAUGUAUGUAUGUAAGUAGUUACUCAGUUUUCUUUGUAAAUGGCUGUGAAUUUGGUUCAGAGGAGCUUUAAGUAGAAGUUUUUCUGACUGAACUUAAUGUUUUUCAGAGGAGUUUUAUUUGUAAAAGACUGGGAACGAUUUUUGAUGUAUUUAGGAGAGAGGUGUGGCGUUCUUAUGAAUGUAAA